AUGUGCACGAAAAGCUUGUCGUGUAUUCUGUGCGGCCAGCCGAACUUCCCCAGCAUCGAUGCAUUGCGCGUUAGUUUGCUGAAAGUGACGGCCCGUCCCUUAAAAUGUCCGAUCUGUGGUGACGAGCUGCUCGGCUUAGACAAGCUGACGAUCCACCUGUUCGGUCAUUCAUUGCUUGAGGAUCACCAAAGUGAGCCGCUGCCGCCAGUGAAAGAUGAAAGCAUCAAACCGAGUACGACCUUUGCAGCGAGCUCGUUCAAAACGCUACGCAAAGUGCGUAAAAAGGUAGCGCAUGAACCGGAAGGGAAACAGCAGAACCCGUGCGGCAGCGAUGGUCGAGCGGGCAAAAUGUCGGUAGAAAAUAGCCAGUAUUCCACCGACGCAAACCACUGUUCCGAGUGUGACGUAGCGUUUCGUAACGCGGCACUGCUUAAGAUGCACCGGGAGGUGUUCCACGACAGUAGCAACAUUGCCGUAACAGCGCGGGACGGUGGAUUCGAUAAGCGUUUCCACUGUCACAUUUGUCCGAAGGAAUUCAAAAUGAAGGGAUCGCUAAAGAUACACAUGCGAGUGGUGCACGAGGCGGGAUCGAAGAAAAUGUGCUUGGACAGCAAUGCGACGGCAUCACGUGCGGUGCAAACCGCUACUGACACUACCAUGGCAACGGAUGUGACUGAUCACAGCAGUCCCUGUGGCCUGGCUGUGGAUGCGCGCCCAGCGAUGGUAUCGAUGUCGAUGAUCAAUGCACAUCCUAAUUUGACACUCUUCCAAUCGCCAGUGUCCCCGGUCAAGGAAAUCAAUUCCACGCCAGUUCCGACGGAAGCUCACAUCAUUCAGAUUAUUGAUCCUCGCCAGCUCGCACAAGUAGUUUAUCUUCCACCGAACAGUGCCACACAGACACAAGUUAGCCUUCCUGCGCACCCAAUGGCUCAGGAUGCUGGAGGAGUCUCGCCACAGCAAGGAAGGGACAGCUUUUCUCUUCCCUCCUCUCCCCAGCAGCAGCAACAACAGCAGCAAGGACACGAAAGCACAAAACAAUGGGAGUGUGAGGUUUGCCGGAAAUCAUUCACAACGAAGUACUUCCUCAAGAAGCACAACCGUCUCCAUACGGGUGAGAUGCCGUAUACCUGUGGGAUCUGUCACAAAUCGUUUACGUUUCAACAAUCCUACCAUAAGCAUCUGCUUUACCACAGUGACGAAAAACCGCACGUUUGCUCCGUGUGUAAUCGCGCCUUCAAGGAACUAUCUACGCUGCACAACCAUCAACGCAUACAUUCCGGCGAAAAACCCUUUGCAUGUGAAACUUGCGGAAAGUGUUUCCGGCAGCGUGUGUCGUACCUGGUUCACCGACGGAUUCACACCGGAUUGAUGCCGUACAGAUGUUCCGGUUGUGACAAAAGCUUUCGCUACAAGGUAUCCCAGCGCACCCACAAAUGUCCGGCAAGUCCACCCGGGACGGUGCAGCGGAAAACUGGUGAUCUUUUGCAGAAAUUGCUGCAAUCGUCUUCGAUACUUCCCGAGGGUUCUUCCACGAUGCAACGGCAGGAGAAGGAAGCAAUGCUCAUGGGUGAACCACUUUGCAAUGUCGAGCCCACGGAGGAAGAUGAUAAGCAGACGGCCGAUUAUGUGAACCGUACGCUGGACGAACUGGUAAAGGGAACGUACGAUAAGCUAGACAUCAGUAACGCUUCCGCAGCUGCCUUGCUGUACGAUCAUCCAUUGCAGACCCAACAACUGUACGGUGACACUGGGAUCGCUAAUCAGCUGCAACCACUAUCAGAGCAACCACAACCGCAGUCUUCGGCAAACAGUGAACCAAAUUUCCCUCGAAUUGAAAGUUUGUGCCUUCUUUCGCCCAGUGCCUUUGACAGUGGUCAACUGGAAGAUUUGGAAGGGCUCAAGCUAGAUAAUGGAUGGUGA